AUGGACUCUCUUGGGUUUCUUCAGACCACCGGACUCUUCGCCCUCCUCAGCGUGGCAUAUAAACUCGCAUGGCCCUUCUUCCCCCUUUUCCGCAAAUGCAAGCUCCAACGAUACCUCCAAGCCGUCAAUGGCAAGCCGGCCUGGGCACUCGUCACCGGUGCAAGCGACGGCAUCGGCAAGGGCCUCGCAAACGAGCUCGCCCGCCGGGGCUUUAACGUCGUCCUCCACGGCCGCAACGACGUGAAGCUGGAAGAGGUGCGCCACAACCUUGCGCUCGCGAACCCGGACAGGGAGUUCCGCAUCAUGGUCGGCGACGCCGGGGUCCUUGGGGCUGGAUCCCAGCCGUGGGACGUCAUGCUGGCUCCGCUGGAGAACAUUAACCUGCGGGUGCUCGUCAACAACGUCGGCGGACCGACGGUGCCCGCCCUGAGGCGGCUGGAGGAGUCGACAAUGGAGGAGAUUGCGGCCAACGUGCAUAUGAACGCGCUCUUCCCGACGCUGCUCAGUGCUAUACUGAUGCCGCGCUUCACCAGCUCGUCGAAGCCCGCGCUCAUUAUCAACAUUGGGUCGCUGGCCGACAACGGACUACCGCUGCUGUCGUAUUACAGCGGGAGCAAGGCGUACCUCGGUGCGAUGUCGACAUCCUUGGCGCGGGAGCUGUCGCUGGAUGGGAUCGAUGUCGAGGUUGUGGGCGUAAGGGUCGGGGGUGUGGUGAUCAAGCCAGAGCUCAAGACGACGGGCGUGUUUUGGCCUUCGGUCGAAACGAUUGCCAACGCCAUAUUGGACCGGGUCGGAUGCGGGAGGGCGGUGUUGAUUCCAUACUGGGGCCACGCGUUGCAGAUGGCCCUUAUGGACCUGGUACCCGUGGCCUUGCAGGAACUGUUGUAUAAGAGGGGUCUGGGGAAGAUGAGGUCGCUGGAGAAGAGUAGGAUGUUAGACAAGGAGAAGUGA